AAAUAUCAUGGAAUUUCAUGAUAAAAAAGAAGGGAGAAGACGAGGAAAUAUCUUGAAAAUUUACCCAAAGAAAAAUGCAGUCAAUCAAUCCACUUCACACACAAUAUUAAAAAGAGUACAGCCAGGGAGGCAGAGUACAUAGCCAAGCCCAGUAGCAAGCAAGUAAAGCAUACCGAUCGAAGUCUUCUUUCCAUUUCAUCAAACUUAAAAAAAAAAAAAAAAGUCGACGUCGUGGUCUCUCCACCACCAUCACCACCAGCAAGAAACCAUGGGGAAUUGCCUGACCUCAUGGUUCUCUUGCUUCCACUCUUCCAACAUCACCCCCACCACUUUCACCUCCUCCGAUGCCAAUUACUCUUCCUCCACACCCCAACCCACAACCACCGCCGGCAGUACGGAGGCCGCCGGAAGCCAGCUAUUAUCCGGCGCCACCGUCUCCACCAGCGACGGAAUCGACCCAGAAAGCGAUCCCCUCUCGCCGAAGGUCAACGGAGGCCGGAUUCUGGAGUCCCCGAGGUUGAAGGUGUUCGCCUUCAGCGAUCUGAAGUCAACGACCAGGAACUUCAAAUCCGACACACUGCUCGGGGAAGGCGGGUUCGGGAAGGUCUACAGAGGAUGGGUCGACGAGAGGACUCUGGCGCCGUGUAAGCCUGGGACUGGCAUAGCCGUCGCCAUCAAGAAAUUGAACGACGAAAGUAUGCAGGGAUUUGAGGAGUGGCAGUCAGAGAUAAACUUUUUGGGCAGGCUAUCGCAUCCAAACUUGGUCAAGUUGUUGGGGUACUGUUGGGAGGAUAAAGAACUGCUUCUCGUCUAUGAAUUCGUCCAAAAGGGAAGCCUGGAGAAUCAUCUCUUUCGAAGGAAUGCUAUGGUUGAGCCAUUGCCUUGGGAUCUUAGACUCAGAAUAGCUAUUGGAGCAGCUCGCGGCCUAGCAUUCUUACACGCAUCCGAUAAGCAGGUCAUCUACCGUGACUUCAAGGCAUCCAAUAUCCUGCUCGAUGGGAUCUACAAUGCAAAAAUUUCAGAUUUCGGGUUGGCAAAGGUAGGCCCUGCAGGUGGUGCAUCUCACGUGACGACAAGAAUCAUGGGAACAUACGGUUAUGUAGCCCCAGAGUACAUUGCCACAGGUCAUUUGUACGUGAAGAGCGAUGUGUACGGUUUUGGAGUGGUGUUGUUGGAGUUAAUGACGGGGCUGAGAGCUAUGGACAAGCACCGACCUAACGGGCAGCAGAACCUAGUGGAUUGGCUGAGACCGACCCUAUCGCAAAAGAGGAAGAUGAAGAACAUCAUGGAUGCUAGAAUGGAAGGGCAAUACUCGUCCAAGGCAAUGUUGCAAGCUGCACAGGUUACACUCAAAUGCCUCGAACCAGACCCCAAAUCCCGCCCUUCCAUGAAAGAGGUACUGGAUGAUUUGGUGAAGAUACAGGCGAUCAAGGACAAACCAAUGCCCUUUAAAAGGGGAUCUGGUUCGGGUUCAGGUUCAGGUUCAGGCUCAGGUUCGGGUUCGAAUCGUUCAACCAAUACUCAUUGCCUCGGCGGCAGACCAGCGUUGAAUCACCAUUAUCAUACCCCUCUGCAAUAAAAGGGGUGUCUGAUGAAUGGUACAAGUUUGAUAAAUAGAGUUAUGUUUGUUUGUACAAAUUUGUUUGUUAUAUUCUUUUGGGAGGAUCUUUGUUGUAUUAGUUAUGAUAUAUAUUUGUUGACGGGAAAUGAUUAUCAUAUAGAUACUCAUUGAUCUUGCAGUUAUGAUUUCUUGCUGCUUAUUCUUUGAACUUUUCAUUUUGGCUAGAAUUCUGACUUAUGAGUGACUUCGCUUUUCUAAUAAUUGUUCUAUGGCCACUAAGUGGAAUGGAAAACUAUGUUCCAAAGGGUAAAUCAAAACAUGAUAC